AAGCCAAUCAGAAAUUAAAUAUAUAUUUAUCUCUUCUAACCAGUUUGUCGUCCAUUAACAGAGUUGCCGGUUUUCAUAUUCAAAAUAGUGCUGCAGAUAAUAAGGAACGAUAAGGAAGAACAACAGUCGCUUCGUUGGCUGUUUUUCAUAUUUUCCCUUCAAACAUUUGUCACGCUUGGUAGGAAUUCAGGUUCAUGGUAAACAUACUACUAUAGUCUCUGACUUUCUAUCAUGUUGACCAGCCUGAUUAUUUAAACAUGGCGGACAGUGAAGAAAUGGUUAAUCUUGAAAAGUGCAACAUUUCAUAAUUCAGUACUAUUAUUUGUAAAUACCGCACAAUUAUAUUGUUAUAAUAUAUAUUUUUUUUUUCAGUUUAUGUUAGCAAUAUGGGUGACACUGUGCUGUUUGAAACAUUGGAAUUUGUUAGAAAAGAUGGUAAUGAAAUUCCCAAACAAAUAUGGGAACAUGUUGAAAAUGAAGUCCUUAAAACAUAUGUUCCCCAAAUGACAAUAGGUAUCGAAAGGCCCUGCGAAGAGUCGGAUUAUAAGAAAUAUCUGUUAAGCAUUGGAAGCAGGUUGAAGAGUCUGGCACUCAUACUCGAGCAAAUUGCGGAAAACUUGAGUUGUGAAGAAUCUCACACUAGUAAAGGGAUUAGUAAGAAUUGUGCUGUGUACUUACUUUUACUCUGCGGCGAACACAUGGUUGCCGAUAAGUGGACUACAGAGGAAACAAUUAAGUAUUCUGGAGAAAUAAUUAGCCACCUUUGUAAACUGUGGCAGUGCAAAACCAUAUUACAGCUGUUGAUAGAUGAUGAAUCUAAACGUGUAGGGCUUUUUUCAGCAGCACUUUUGUAUUUACGUCCGAAACUGCUGAAGAACACUUGGAAAACUUAUCCAGCGGCAGUUUCUUGUUACCAGUGGCUUUUGUUUCAGAUCAAGAGUCCUCAUCUGAGCCCACACCUGAGCAGUGUACUUCCAACCGCCCUCAUUAUCCUUGAUGAUUUUGUUCUGGAGAACAGGAUAUGUGGAAUUAAAUGCCUCAACCAUAUAACUGACAAUGUCACACGAACAGAGCUGGGCUGGAAUGGAUAUGGAGAUGUCAUCUAUAAAGCCUUGGAGCCAAUACUAUACCAGCGAGAGGCAGUCAUUGUUCAACCCCUUGUCUCAUGUCUCAUCACUGUGCUUGGCAAGGUGGAAGGUGGCUACAUUAGGGAUGAACCCAACUAUAAGUGGUCCAGAUAUGAUGAUGUUCUGGAGAAACUCCUGCAAGCUAUGGAACUGGAGGACAGGCUGGCGCUGAGACUAGCUUACAUCACGUCUCUUCCACCACUACUCGAGGCUGCUGGACUUAGGAUGUGCCGUUGGAGCAAGCGCCUGCUGCGUGUUUGUGGUUGCUACUUGGAAGUAGCUGGAUACUCUGAGCAAGAGGAGGCUCAGCAUGCCUUACUAGCAAUUCAGGUUUUCAUACGUCACUGUUGGCCACUUGUGCCAGCCCACACACGAACAUUGCUGGAGAUGUUGUUCAGGCUGCUGUGUGAUGUAACAUACAAGGAGGAAACCACAGGCAGAGAACUGGAUGCAGAAGAACAACAUGCUGUGAAUCUUAUAGAGGAAUGUCUGAUGCUAACAGUGACAAUUGCUCCAGAAGAGUCUAAAAUUCUGUGCUCAGACAUUAAAAGUAGAGCAAGGUUUAACCAAACAUUUGCAAAAGUAAUAGACAGGGUGUUUGAGUGAAGUGCACAGCAGUUGUAGAAUGUACAAAGACAUUACAAAAUUGUUUUGUUGUGUGUGCUUCAGUCACUUUUUUUCCUUUGUACAUUGUUGGCUCUCUGAAUCUGAAGGAUAUAUGAUGUUUCAGUGACUGGCUUGGUCUCCAUUGUCUGGCACUGUUUCCUCUUUCCUGAACGUGGAUAGAGACCUCAGAAACAUUGUGUGCUGUUAUACUGUCCACAAGGAGUCACAGAAAAUGAUCCAGUGACAAUGGAACUUCUUGGAAAGUGUCACACAAUUAACCUGUUCCUUGUGUAUUUAAGGGUGCUAUUUCAACUGCAGAGGUUAUAUAGCAAUGAAGGAGAUGAUAGAUGACUGUUUUAACCAUAAGUAGGUAAGGGUUUGGAAAACAAUUCAGCCAUCUUAUCUGUCUCAUGUUCACUACAUGUUCUGCUUAUUUCCUUCUUGAACUGAUCAUCCUGCCAAUAUUUAAUGAGGAGAACAAAUUGUGAAGCUCUUCCUAUGCAUUUUUUGUAGCUUCAUUUUACCUCCUCUCCCCAUGGUCCAAAUAUUGUCCUCAGCACCCUCAAUAUAUAUAUAUACCUCCAUGUGAAUAAAAAUGAAUGAGCUUUUGAA